AUGCCUUAUUUGACCAAACCUCUGAUUUUGCUUCUGUGUCUGGUUCUUACCGGCGAAUGCCGUAAGCACGGCCACCGGGUGCGGAGAUGGACCGGUACCGUGGAGACCCAGAAGCCUUCCCAUAGCUCCUUGGCAAAGAAGCCUCCAGAUGUGACCAAGUCUCGCAAAACAAAGACGGAGCAGCUGCUCAAAGUGGACGAUCAUGACUUCACCAUGAGGCCGGCAUUUGGAGGGCCUGCCAUCCCUGUCGGAGUGGACGUUCAGGUGGAGAGCUUGGACAGCAUCUCUGAGGUUGAUAUGGACUUCACCAUGACUCUGUACCUGAGGCACUACUGGAAGGACGAGCGCCUGUCGUUCACCAGCAGCACCAACAAGAGCAUGACGUUUGAUGGGCGCCUGGUGAAGAAGAUCUGGGUCCCCGAUGUCUUCUUCGUCCACUCGAAGAGGUCCUUCAUCCACGACACCACCACCGAUAACAUCAUGCUGCGUGUCUUUCCUGAUGGACAUGUCCUCUACAGCUUGAGAGUGACCGUGACGGCAGCCUGUAACAUGGACUUCAGCCGCUUCCCUCUGGAUUCUCAGACCUGCUCACUGGAACUCGAGAGCUACGCUUACACCGAUGAAGACCUGAUGCUGUACUGGAAAAGUGGCGACGAGUCUCUCAGCACUGAUGAUCGCAUCUCCCUGUCACAGUUCCUCAUCCAGAAGUUCCACACCACGUCUCGCUUGGCCUUCUACAGCAGCACAGGCUGGUACAAUCGUCUCUACAUCAACUUCACGCUGCGACGCCACAUCUUCUUCUUCCUGCUGCAGACGUACUUUCCCGCCACGCUUAUGGUGAUGCUUUCGUGGGUGUCAUUCUGGAUCGACCGCCGGGCUGUGCCGGCCAGAGUGUCCCUGGGCAUCACCACAGUGCUGACCAUGUCCACCAUCAUCACCGGAGUGAAUGCGUCCAUGCCCAGGGUGUCCUACAUCAAGGCCGUGGACAUUUACCUGUGGGUCAGCUUCGUCUUUGUCUUCUUGUCCGUGUUGGAGUACGCCGCCGUCAACUACCUGUCUACCGUCCAGGACCGCCGGGAGCGUAAGAUGCGUGAGCGGGCAAGGUCUCAGUCACUGCCCUGCACCUGCGGGAUCUCCCAGACGCGAACCAUGACCAUGUUGGAUGGCACCUACAGCGAGGCUGACACCAACAGCCUGGCCGGCUACACUGAGGAGCCAAUGGUGCCAGAGGAGGAGCAGGAAGAGCUGCACGAGGUUCUGGAGAAGCCCGAACACAUGGUGGUCCAUCUGUCAGUGAGCAGCGAGUCCACCACCACCAAGAAGAAGAAGAGCAUGCGUGCCCUCAACAUCAUCCAGAACACGCACGCCAUUGACAAAUACUCCCGGAUGAUUUUCCCCGGUUCAUACAUCUUUUUCAACCUUAUCUACUGGUCCGUGUACUGCUGA